CAGACUAAUUCCUGCUAUAACUCGACAUCCCAGUCAGCAACUCGACCAAGGAUCGGCCCAAUGAAACACUUCGACCUUUCUCUGAUCACCUGCCUCCUCUUCUGCUGCGUCAGCGUCAGAAUAUCUGUGUCUCUACCAACUCGACCCCAUCCUUGUGGCUGACACCUCCCUCCCGCUAUGUGUGGGGGCCACCUUACAUCAGUCCGGCCGGGGGCUACUGGGCGGGUCACGCGCGCUCCAGUCACGUGGCUGCCAUGAGGCGGGAUGGGGUCAAGGACCUACAGGAUGGCGACGGGGAGGCUGACGACAGGAUGAGUUCCUUGGAGGAAGUGUCCAGCGCUGAGGAUGAGGACGUGUCCAAGAGACAGCUGGAUUACGUCGGCAUGGGCCUCAUCAAGAGGUCAGUUGAUGAGGUGGGCUCCGGCCUCAUCAAACGACCCAUGGAUGAAAUUGGAAUGGGCCUCAUCAAACGCCCCAUGGAUGAGAUUGGAAUGGGCCUCAUCAAACGCCCCAUGGAUGAGAUUGGAAUGGGCCUCAUCAAACGCCCCAUGGAUGAGGUUGGAAUGGGCCUCAUCAAACGACCCAUGGAUGAGGUUGGAAUGGGCCUCAUCAAACGACCCAUGGAUGAAAUUGGAAUGGGCCUCAUCAAACGACCCAUGGAUGAAGUUGGAAUGGGCCUCAUCAAACGACCCAUGGAUGAAAUUGGAAUGGGCCUCAUCAAACGACCCAUGGAUGAAGUUGGAAUGGGCCUCAUCAAACGACCCAUGGAUGAAGUUGGAAUGGGCCUCAUCAAACGACCCAUGGAUGAAGUCGGCAUGGGGCUCAUCAAACGACCCAUGGACGAAGUUGGAAUGGGCCUCAUCAAACGACCCAUGGAUGAAGUCGGCAUGGGCCUCAUCAAACGACCCAUGGACGAAGUUGGAAUGGGACUAAUUAAAAGACAAAUGGAUGAAGUUGGAUCCGGGCUCAUCAAACGACCCAUGGAUGAAGUCGGCAUGGGGCUCAUUAAACGACCCAUGGAUGAAGUCGGCAUGGGACUCAUCAAAAGACCAAUGGACGAAGUCGGUAUGGGACUCAUCAAAAGACCAAUGGACGAAGUCGGCAUGGGCUCAUCAAGAAAGGCCUAGACAGCAUCGGAGCCGGGUUAAUCAAGAAGGACUCCGUGGACAGCAUAGGGAUGGGUCUAAUCAAGCGAGGCCUCGACCACAUCGGAGCCGGCCUCAUCAAGAAGGACAGCUUCGAGGGCGUAGACCUGGAGGUCAUCAAGCG